CUACAACAGCAACCUUAAAGAUCUAAGGAGUACAUUGAAGAAUUUUGAUGCUGUGAAACAAAGGAUGAACCAUGCAGUUGAAGAAGUCGAAAGAAAAGUUAAUGAAAAAGUGGAAGUUGAUGUCCGGAACUGGCAGACAGAAGCAGAUGAGAUCUCUCGAGAGGCAGAAGCAAUAUUGGAUGAUGAAGGCCGUGCAAAGACAAAAUGUUUGUAUAUAUGUCCUAACCUGAUAUCCUAUCAUCAGCUCAGCAGAAAAUCAACUAAAUUGGUGAGAAAGAUUGAAGAACAUGAAAAUAAAAAAGAGUUUCCCACAAUUUCUUACAAUGCUGCCUUAGAAGACAUAUCUGCCAUAGCCUCCGACGAGUACAUGGCCUUUGAAUCAAGGAUUUCAAUGGUGAAGGAUAUCAUUACGGAAUUGAAAAAACCUGAUAUCAACAGGAUUGGGGUGUACGGAUUAGGGGGCGUUGGGAAGACAACACUUGCCAAAGAGGUUUACAGAGAAGCUGUGAAAGAGAAGUUAUUUGAUGAUGUGGUUCUGGUACUAAAUGUCAAAGAAAAAAGAGACAACGAAAAAAUUCAAAAAGAAAUUACCAAAAAGUUGAUGAUGUACGUUGAUGAAUCUGAGGAUAGGGGAACAAGGGGGAAUCUCCUACGGGCCAGGAUAAAAGAGGGGAAGACUCUUGUCAUUUUAGACGAUGUUUUGGAAAGAAUUGACUUUGAAGCUGUGGGACUCGUCGGUGUGCCGAACUGUAAGCUAUUAUUGACAUCUAGAGAAAAAAAAGUUUUAUGCUCUGAUAUGCGUACGCAAAAAGAUUUUCAACUUGGAUUUUUAAGAGAAAAAGAAAGUUGGAGUUUGUUUGAGAAGAUGGCAGGUAAUGUCGUUAAAGACAACCGUAUACUGAAAGAAGCAACCCAACUAGCAAAGAAAUGUGGAGGUUUGCCGGUUUUGGUUGUUGCAGUUGCAAGUGCUUUAAGGGAUAGUAGUUUGGAUGAAUGGAAAGUUGCGCUGAGAAGUUUCAAAAGAUUUGACAAGAAAGAAUUGAAUGAAAAAGAAUUCUUGGCUCUAAAGUGGAGUUACGAACAAUUGGAGGAUCAAGAGCUUAAGCAAUUGUUCUUGCUUUGCGGAAUUCUUGCAUUUGGGAAUGGCAAGAUUUAUGUCUUUUACUUGUUUCAAUGUGCUAUGGGCUUGGGUUUGGUUAGAAGCGUUGAGACAGUGGAAGAGGCACGGAUUUCAUUGAAUUCAAUGGUUAAAAAACUAAAAAAUUCUUGCCUAUUACUGGACGGUUAUGACGAUGAGACUGUUAGAAUGCAUGAGCUUGUACUAGAUGUUGCUGUCCGGAUUGCAUCUGAUGAUCAAAAGGCCUUUUCAAGAAAAUAUGGAGAUGGGUUGAAAGAAUGGCCAACUGAGGAUUUCCUUAAAAAAUGCACAUGGAUCUUCGUAGAAGGUGGCAACAUCCCCAGACUUCCUGAAGCACCUUGGGAAUGCCCAGAAUUAAAAUUGUUGACGUUGGAUGUGCAUAAUAUUGGCGACUCCCAGGAAAUCCCAAGCAAAUUUUUUGAAGGGAUGAAAGAACUCAAAGUGUUGGAUUUAACCAAAUUCCAUAUUCCGUCACUACCUCCGUCUCUUCAAUCCCUAAAGCAUCUCCACACAUUGUGUUUCGGUUACUGCGAGUUGGUAGACAUAACACUUGUUGGGCAGUUAACAAACUUGAAGAUCCUUAGCCUGCUACACUCCAAGGUUAAAGAGUUGCCCAAAGAAAUAGGGCAAUUGACUAGGCUACAAUUAUUGGAGUUGACUGGCUGCUCUGAACUGAUUUUGGUCUCACCUGAUGUUAUAUCAAGUUUGACAAGACUAGAAGAUUUGAGGAUGGGAAUAAAAAGCUUCAAACAGUGGGAAGGUGAAGGUUUGGUCGAUGGCAGAAGAAGUAAUGCUAGGGUUUCAGAGCUGAAGAACUUAUCUCAUCUAUCCGCAUUGGACAUACAUGUUCCAGAUGCUAACCUUCUUCCAACCAACUUGUUCUCCGAUAAUUUAGAAAGAUACACCAUACUUAUCGGUGAUUGUUGGAAAUAUCCUGACAUCUAUGCAACCUGCUAUAACAUGCUAAAACUCAAGCUCACCAGGACUAAUCAAUUCGACCGAGGUAUAAAGUUGCUGGUAAAGAGAUGUGAGCAAUUGUACUUGGACGGGAUGGAGAUUGUGAGUAUUAUUUCCUUUCUAUUUCACAGUGAAGCUGUUAAACAACUGAAGCAUCUCCAUGUUCCAAAACAACGACCAAGUUACAUAUCUCAUUAACUCCAUCAGUUGGCAUUAUUCUCGUAAUGCCUUCCCCAACCUGGAAUCUCUAUUUUUUGAAGACCUUGUGAGCUUGGAAAGUGUGUGUUAUGGGCAACUCGUAGGCGAACCUUUCCAAAAGUUAAAAUCUUUGACAUUGCGGAAUCUACCAAAGCUUAUUGGUUUCUCUUCCAAAGGCAAGCUAACGAUUGAUACAGAAGCCGACGAAAUCGUUUUGGAGGAUGAAGUUGGUGGACCACCGAGACUUUUCAGUAAUGGAGAGGUUAUGAUGCCCAACUUAACAACCUUGACUGUGCAUCAAUGUGAUAGUUUAAGAUUCUUGUUUUCGAGUUCCAUGGCUAAAUGUCUCAGACAACUCAAAAAUCUC